ACUACAUACACCUGAUUGUACGCGGAUAUGUUUUUCUUGUGUAUUUUUUGUUGUUCACCGACUAAUCGAGCUACUUUCAUUUAAUGAACAUUCAUGUGAAAACAUAGUGUUAAUAACAAUGAAUGAUAAUAAAUAAACAAACAAUAGAAAAUCAAUACGAACUACUGGCCUUUAAGUAACAUUUAACAUUUUAUUCUGAGAAACGAUGUGAUGGUUGUGUAACUUCCGAUCGCAUUGUGUUCACAUCGUCUUCCGGUGAACUAUUAAAAUUCUGAUUGUUUGGAAUAAUAUCCGAUUUUUCAAGAACGACAUAGAGAGAAAAAUGUUCCCAGAAGACGAUCUGUCUGAUAAUUCAGUCACCAUGACAUUAAUGGAGGAGAAGGAGAAGGAAUUUGAAGAUCAGAAUGGUUCUACUCCUCACCCAGAACCUAACAGUGAUAUUACAAUAGAGGAUGAAAUUCACAUCACCGAUGAUUCACUCAUCUACGGUGUUACUGACAACCCUCCAAUACAUCUCACUAUAUUAUUUGCCUUCCAGCAAGCACUCCUUUCCCUGGCAAACCAGUUGGCAUUGUCUAUAAUGGUAGCUGAAGCUGUGUGUGGAGAAACAAAUGGCAUGUUUAAAACGAGGCUCCUCAGUACAACUCUAUUUAUGGAUGGUAUUACCACACUGAUGAUGAUUUUGUUUGGAGUGAGGUUACCAUUGUUCCAAGGUGCAGCUUUUGAGUACACAGUGCCGUUACUUGCCCUGCAGACCCUUGAUCCUGAACGAUGUGAUCCACAAAUAAUAUCUGAAAGCUCUUUUUACAAUUCCACAUUUAACAUAUCAAUAUUAGUAAAUAGAACGACCAGUGCAGAUGAUAUUUUAUAUGGACAAGUUCAAAAGUUAGAAGGCAGCUUAAUGUUAGCAGGUUUCUUACAUUUCCUGAUAGGAGCCACAGGACUGGUAGGAGUAUUGUUGAGAUUUAUAGGACCAGUAACCAUUGUACCUACUAUAUUAUUGAUAGGACUGUACAUGACAAGGACUGCUGUCAAAUUUAUAUCAUAUCAUUGGGGUAUAGGACUAAUGACUGCAGCAAUUUCUAUUAUUUUAUCUUUGUACCUGGGAAAAUAUCUUCUGCCAAUUCCAGUGUGGACAAGAAAACGUGGUUGUCAUACUAUAAGAUAUCCAUUGCAUCAAGUAUUUUCUAUAUUAAUAGCUAUAAUGGUGGGUUGGGGAGUGAGUGGUAUUUGUACAGCUGCAGGAGUUUUAUCCCACGAGAAAGCCAGGACUGAUGUUGGAAUAGAUAUUGUAAACAACGCCAGCUGGUUCUAUGUACCACACCCAACUCAGUUUGGUCCACCUAGUUUUGAUGUCAGCAUUUUUGUUGGAUUUUUUAUUGCUACAAUUAUCUCUGUAUUGGACUCUAUAGGAGAUUACUAUGCCUGUGCUAAAACAUGUCACGUGCCUCCACCACCGUCGCAUGCAGUCAAUAGAGGGAUAGCAAUUGAAGGGUUAUGUACAACUCUUUCUGGUAUAAUGGGGGCAGGACAUGCAACAUCGACAUAUGGUGGAAAUAUUGGUGCUAUUGGUAUAACAAAGGUUGGCAGUCGACUAGUAUUUUUAGUGUUAGCUGUGAUUUAUAUAGCCUUUGGAUUGAUAGGAAAGUUUUCAGCAGUUUUUAUAACUAUACCUCAUCCAGUACUUGGUGGUGCACUCAUUACCAUGUUUGGUAUGUUCAUUGGAGUUGUCUUGUCUAACCUGCGAUAUGUGUGUCUGUCAUCCACAAGAAACAUAGCAAUUAUUGGUACCUCCAUCCUCAUUGGUCUUAUGGUUCCUUAUUGGGCUGAACUUCAAGGAAAGGAUCUUGUUUUAACUGGAAAUUUCCGUGUAGAUAACAUUUUAAAGACACUUUUGGGUAAUGCAAAUCUCUCCGGUGCUUUACUAGCCUGUUUUCUUGACAACACCAUUCCAGGCACUCUAGAUGAACGAGGUAUCACCUCAUGGCAGAACAUUCCAUCAAAAACACCAGAGUCAGAACAUCUAGUGACAGAAGACUUUAAGGAAGGUGUAGAGGUAUAUGAACCACUGUUUCCACAGAAAUGGAGAAACAGUAAGAUUUUAAAGUACAUUCCCUUCUUACCAGAUCCUAAGAAGAAGCCGGAACUGGAAACUGUUUCAAGCAUUAAUUACGAGGAAAACACCAGAGUAUAAUGUACUGUUUAUCGAAAUAUUUGUAGUCUCUUCAAAUAAUGAUAGUGUUGUAAAUGUGUAAGAUGUGUGUAUGUAUGAGUGCAUUUCAAUGAUUGUGCUAGGACUAUUUAAUAUUUGUUUGUGUCAUUUAAACUCAGUAUUUAAAAAACUUCAUAUAAAUACAUUGCAAAUUACAAUAUGCUUUAUGAAAUUGAGUUGGAGUAGUCAUGGGCAGUUCCAUGGUUUGAGGAAAGGGGUGUAAUUUAAAAAAAAUGGUCAUAAUGAAUAUUGAAGAGGGAAUGGGAAAUUGUUUGGUCGAUUUAAUGCCAAAAAAGACUAUUUUUUGUUCAUUUAUUUUAGUAAUUUUAGUAUCUUUUAAUGUUAUGCCUGCAACACUUAUCCUGUACAAAGUUUUGAGGCGUCUUAAGUCAUGGAAGUUAUGUGUCCAGAUCCAGUCGUACAGGAGCAAGACACAUGAAUUCAUAGUAGCAACAGGCGUAGAAAAUAGUGUUAAACUUUGCAUAAAUUAAAAUAAGCCAUGCGUAAGUUUUGUGUUCAUUGAAACAAUUUGAAAUUGGACUAACACAAUUCUAUUGAUGAUCAAUAAAUUUAAACAUUGGAAUGAAGGAAUGAUAAGACGGAAAUACUUUUGUAAUAACUUAAUUAUUCUGUACUAUUGUUUUUUCUUACCAGUUUGAUUCUAGAAAUCCUCAUCAUUUUCACUUACUGUAAUAAUAAGUCCAAUCUUUUAUUUAAGAUAAAUAAGAGUGUUUAAGUUAGUGAUUAUUGUCGCGCCUGCGGCUUCUGUUGAAUUAAAAAUUUAUGUUUAUGACUAUCAACAUAAAAGCAAUGGUCAGUAAAGCAUGCGAGACAUUUCAGCAUGUGCACUCUUGUUUCAAUUCAAAUGACAAUAAAUAACAAAUGACAAUGAAUGAAUUGUUAUUAUGAUUCAAAUUAUUUACCAAUUUUCAUACAAACUUAUAUUUUAGCCCCUUUGUCUGGCUAAACUAUAUCUUUUGUAGUUUUUUUUAAUUGCAUAUAUUUCAAGUUUUAUGUCGGAGAAUGAAACUGUAGCCUAGGCAACAUUCCUAUAUCAAAUACAUAUGCCUUAAUUAUGUAAAAAGCUUCAUGCACUGAUUUACACUAACAAUUAGGUGUGGUAUUAUGUAAGGAUAUUACGCCUGCAUUUUUUUGACCAGCCAUACUCAUUUGUAUAUUACACCUGGUUUUUAUGUUGACCAGGCGUACUCAUUUAUUUUUCAAAUACUGAGUAUUUUAUACCUCAGGAAUAGAUUACCGUAGCUGUAUAAAUUUUAUGAUUUUUGGGUCCUCCAAUGCUCUCCAACUUCGUUCUUUAUUUGGCCUUUUUAAUUCUUUUGAAUCAAGUGUCACUGAUGAGUCUUUUGUAAACGAAACGGGCGUCUGGCGUACAAAAUUUCAAUUUUGAUAUCUAUGAUGAGUUCAUUUAAAUAUUACGCCUGGUUUUCGCAUCAGUUAAGCUUGGUUUACAUCUAGUUGAAGCUUGGUUGACACUUAUAUGACUUGGACAUGCAUUCUCUAGAUAUUGCAACAACGCCAGGUUUAGUUAUGAAUUUUACGCCUUGUUUCCGUGUGAUUUACAGGCGUCUCGUUUCGUUCAGGAUAUAACAUUACUCAAAAACUGUUGGACCACGGAAGUAUUAUAUUGACAAUAAUACUUCGAUGGUUGGACAUAAUUAGAAGCAAAUAUCAUAGAAAACAGUUUGUUAUUGUACAGAUCCAAAUACAUUAAUAAGUGUAAUAUGUAUAGUUAUGAUAUAUUAGAUAUUUAUGAACAUUGACAAAAAAUACUGAUUAUACAUUCAUCUUUUACAUACAUUUUAUACAUUAUUUAUGCAGUAACCUAGAGACAUGUGCCCAAAGGUUGUUUAGUGGUAUAGAAAUACAAUGAACUUCUCCCAUCCUACAGUAUAACACAUGCUAAAAUAAUGGGUCAUUCCAGCUGAUGUUUGAAGUUCAUGUCCUUCAUCCCAGUCCACUCAUCUUACAUAAAUUAUCUAUUAGAUUCAUUUUUAAUCUGAUCUAGUCCUGAAUGUAGAUUCAAUAUUUGUCACUGGACAUCAAGCAAACAACUACACAUGUUUUUAUGGCAACUAUUGGAUUGUUUCUGUUAAAUUUAUUCCCAACUUUUUUUGACUGGAGACUAUAAACAUAUUGUAUAGACAUCUGUCUAUCGUUGAAGACUGCAUGUAUGUUGAAUAAUUUUGUUGUUGUUGCUGUCCCAUUGACGUAAAGCACACCUAUUCUUUUAUUCAUAACAACCUAUUAAUUAAUCUACAACAUUGGUCAAAAAUCCUUACAAAUUAAACCAUUUUCAAUGUUACAUGCAAAUUAGACCUUUUUCAAUGAUACUAACAAAUUAGACCUUUUUCAGUGUUACUAACAAAUUAGACCUUUUUCAAUGUUACUUACAGAUUAGACCUUUCUCAAUGUUACUUACAAAUUAGACCUUUUUCAAUGUAUGAUUCUGAUGUCUCUCUCUAAUAUAUUUCAAUUAAAUGAUAAUUGUUUUACUCUUUCCUCACAUUCUUGUCUUUAAUAUUUCAGUGGAGAUUCUUUUAUGAUAUAUUUAUAUAUGUUAUGAUGAAAAUUUAUUCAGAUGUUUUAAAUAUUUAUACCAUUGAUUUUAACAUAUCUGAUAUCAAAAUUAUUUCCAAAUAUAUUGUUUUUGCCAAAAUUAGGUUUUAUGUUUUAAAGAUCUGAAUUUAAAACUAUGAGCACCAAAUUCUCUUAAUAACAAAAAUAAUAAUAUUCCUCUAUUUAUAUCUUAAAUUUCUGUUUAAGAAAUGUAACAAAUCUGUGUAUUUUUUGUCAAUUUGUAAUAGUGUAUGACCUGAAAUAACCAGUUUAAAGCAAUGUCUGUACCAUCUAUACUAUUAAAUGAGAAGACCUCAUUUUGUGUGUCGCUUCUCUUCCUUCCUUAAUAAAUUAAUCUUCAUGCCUUUGUGUCCUAUAGGUACCAUGCAUAGUCACAUUUGUCAUCCUUGCUUAUGAUUAUUCCCUUUGGGUUAUUUUAGGAGGAAAAUGAAAAUUAAGGCGUCCGGAUAUUGUUUCCGUCAUCGGACGGACUUUUAAGUCAUAGACAAGACUUCCGUUUAGAACUGUUAAUUACACAUUAUUUUCAUAGGUACUUGGGGACAGAACAAUUAGUAUCGCCUUUUCUGUAUACUAUGAACAUACAUAUACUAUAAAUAAAGUGUAUUUGCUAUUUACUAUCAAUUCCAAGUUUACUAUCAACGGCGGUCAUAUAUAAUAGAGAUUAUAGUAUAUGUAUGUUCAUAGUAUACAGAAAAACGCGAAAAUAAUUGAAAUUAAUAGAAAACAAAAUGACAGCGGAUUUUUAAAAAAAAUGGGGAGGACUAAAAAAAAAUUUUCUGUCCCUAAGUACCUAUGACUUUUGAUACCUUUCCCUGAAAUUCUCCAGUCAUAAACUCUUUUACAAAAACUUAUCCUACAACAGUUUCCGUACUUUCAACGACGCCCUAAAUGACCGCGAUUUCGCGGGUGUGUUCUAGUCUAUAGUCAUAUUGAAAGUGCAAAGCUCAUUAUAUCUUAUCAAAACAAAUGGACCAUGUGUGGUGAUGAAAGUCAUUUAAAUUAUCUAAAUGAUCUCCCUUCUUAAAACUGUGCUGGGUUAGUCUUUUUAACGUGAAGUUUUAACCAGAUUCAUUGCUAAAUAUUUAUAGAAAUUUUAAAUCAUGCUUAAUGUUAGUACUCCAUAUUUGAAGGAUUAUAAAUCAUAAUAAACAGUUGUAUGUCAAUCAUGUUAGUAUUCUAUAUUUGUAGGAUUAUAAAUCAUAAUCAACAGUUAUAUGUCAAUCAUGUUAGUAUUCUAUAUUUGAAAGAUUAUAAAUCAUAAUCAACAGUUAUAUGUCAAUCAUGUUAGUUUUUACAAAUUUAAAAAUAUAAUGUGGUUUAGAUCUGAAAUUUAAUGUGCAUUUUAAAAUUCGUCAUUGACACAAUAAUUAACGAAAAAUGAUAUAUUGAGAGUAAACAUGAAUCCAUAAAAUCGUAAUAUGUUGACAUAGUCAAAACUAUAUCCUGUAGCAUAAUUAUUUUAAUUUUUCGGCGAGAGUGGGGGGGGGGGGGGGAGUAUAUGUUUCCACACACCAGUAAUAUGUGUGGUUUUUCAGUGUAAUCCUUUUCAUGUAUUUUUUUAAAGUUGUAAACAUAGAAAUUGAUCUGUAUAUUUAGACUCCAUACUUUAGAGUGAUUAGUAGGUGAAUGCUGACAGACUUGUUACAUGUAUUAGUCAAUACUGCCUACUCUUAUCGCUGUUACCUUAAACAAUGCAAAAAAUAAAAAUUGUGAAUGACAUUUGUAUGAUAACAGAUCUGAUUUGAGAUCUAAGGAGGGAGGAAUUUUGACUUCAAUGUACAUAACAAAGAUAUUUUUUCAUCUUGUACAGUGAACUAUAUUAACUCAUUGAUUGUAUUAUUUCUCCAAUAAUGUAGACAUUUAGAUUAUGUGUAUAUGGUUGGUUUUGGAAAUAUUUAUUACUCUAUAGAAUUUUUUACUUUUCUCUGAUUCUUAAAGAAAUAAAAAGUUAUAUAUGUUUAUCUAUGAUAGGUACUACUAGUAUGCAAGACGGUUUUUGAUAUUUAAUGAAUAAAAUAGUAAGUAAAGACCGAGAUAGCUAUUGGUUUGGCAUCUGUUCUAACCAAUCAUGUAUUUGUAUAGCAAUAUAGUUUUGUAUAGUUUUGUAUGUUUUAGUACAAAUUUUUAAUCAUCUCCUUUUAUUCCUAAGUAAAAAGUAAAAGGAGAUUUAAACCUAUAAAGUAUUCUUAUUUCUUUUUUCUAAAAUAAGAAGUCGUACAAGGCUAGUUACUGUAUUAGAAUUUGUCCUGUUACAAUAAAGAAUGUUUGUCAAUGAUCACAAAAGGGAGAGGUAUAAUCAGGCCACUUUUUUGGUCCUUUGAAUUUGAAAAUAAAAGAAUAUUAUAAAUCUGCCUAAUAACAUACUUUAGAAGUUAAUUAUCAUAAGACAUUAGACUGCCAAUCAUAAGUAUUUAAUUUUUUGAAUUUUGUAUACAAAUUUGCAAUAAGGCUUUAAAAUUCUAGCAUUUUGUGUAAAACUGCAAAAUCUGACAAAAUAAUCUCAUUUUCAGAAGAUGUCGUUAAUAUUUAAAUAUGAACCAAAACUUAACCGAAAAUAAAUUUUGCUACUAGAGGUAUUUUAUAAAGAUACAAUUGUACGUAAAUAUCUUUUUGGGAAAGGCCCUGGCUCAUAUCUAUUCUGAUCAAAUUGUAAAAUGGCAAUUUUAGGUCAAUAAUGUCAUUUUCAACAUUUCUAUGACAUCAUAGCGACAUCACAAAUGACCUUACUGCACUAAAGUUUAUAGAUUAUAUUAGCCUGCAUGUUCAUUCAUCAAUUAAAUUAACAUAAUAUUGUGAGGCAUAUAUAAAUUAACCCUUUUUUGCAAUUUCAGUGGCCAGCUAUAAAAAGUUCUUGUUAUAUCCCCUCCUUAAGUGAUCAUAUAAUGGUAUGUUUAUUUUAUUCUUUUUUUUUAUCAUUGUGGUAACUCCCCCUUUUUCAUGUUAUCAUGUGAUAACUCCCCCUUUUUGUCUCACCUGCGACUUUUGUCGCAGAAGGCGGUACAUAGGUAUUGCUUUACCAGGGACGACGUAGUUGGUGUCAACAAUUAAGUUAGUUUGAUAAGGAUUACUCGUGAUAGAUCAACGAUAUUUUGUAUGAAGUUGCAUUACUAUCAGUAUAUAUCAGUUUAACGACUUUUUUGAGGCCCUGCCCCUAGGAUAUGGUCCAGCGACUUUCAACUAAUAGGCAAUUUUCAAUGUUAAGUUUUCUGCUUAAGUUAGUUUGAUAGGAACUACUUGUUAUAGAUCAAUGAUAUUUUCUGUAAAGGUACAUUACUGUCCGUUCAUCUCAGUUUGUUGACCAUUUCGAGGACCUGCGUACUAGUUCAUGGUCCAGCGACUUUGAAUUAAUUAGCAAUGUUGCUGUCCAUCUGAUUUUAUUUUUUUGAAUUUAAUGCCGACAGGCAAGACAUAUCUCUGUGUCACCAGUUUAUUCUUGUUAUCAUGUGAUAACUCCUCCUUUUUAAUGUUAUCAUGUGAUAACUCCUCCUUUUUAUUGUUAUCAUGUGAUAACUCCUCCUUUUUAUUUUUAUCAUAUGCUAAUUUCUCUUUUUUUCAUUAUGUGAUAAAACAUAAAACAUCCUUUUUAGCUCACUCUCACCUAGUGAAAAGGGCCUUGUGAGCAAUGGCCAUCUCUUGGCGUCUGUCUCCGUAGACCUUCAUCAUUAACUAUUGCAAGCACUUCUCUUAAACCACUGGACCAAUUUCAACCAAACUGUAGCUAAAUGAAUCUUGCAAGGUCAACAUAUUCAUCAGAAAAUGUUCAUCUAACCUUGACCACAUGUACAUAGAUCAUUGAUAAUGUAAAAUUUAUUUGAUACUUGUGGUUAAUUCUUCAUUUUGCAGACUUUCAACAUAAGUUUAAUCAUGAUAAAUAAAACAGGCGACACAUUUCAGCGUGUGCACUCUUGUUCGGUUUUUGCUUCUAAAUUCAAUAUUUGACAGGUGAGGGAUUCAAGCUCUUAGAGGCCUCUUGUUAUUGUUAUCACAUGAUACUCCUCUAUUGUGUUGUUAUCAUGUGAUUAUUCUUGUGAAUGUCUGGAUUGUACCAAGGUACUUAAUGUAUACAGUGAUUUGAUAUUGAGUAAUAAUCUUUCAACCACAAUUCAUUGAGAUAUCUUCCUGUUCUUCUCAUUAAAUAUACCAACAGAUUUCAAACAGGAAAUUUGCCAAGACAUUUUUUCAUUGAUUUUUGAAGCAAUGAAUAUAUUUCAACAAGCUUUCUUCUAAAUAUUUUACAAAUUGUAGUUUCUCUUAUUAAAUGUUUUCUUUACUGUAACUUUAAUGAACGAAAAUAUUUUAGAUAGCAAUUUAUCUACUUUCAAGGAUUCAGAGCUGCAAUACCUUUCAAAAUUUUGAUUUUUUUAUGCAAAAUUUGCUUCAAACUAAAAAUAAAAAAUUGGCUAUUUUUUUUUCUCUCAGAAUCAUUAUCUGGCAUUGUUUAUAGCAUACUUAAGUUUCUGACAAAUAACUACAUAUGUUUAUUGCAACACUGCCUGUAUCAUUUCCCUAAAUGUCGACUUAUUCAAAAUUCUCUGUUGAAAAAAGAUUUCAAAAUUACGUUUCUUACUGUGGUAUUACAUUUGACUGUGAAAAUAAAAAAAAUAUAUUAAUUUUUUAA